UAACAGCAGCAGCUGGAACAAGAGAAGGAGAAGGAUGCCGGCCGCGGCUGGGGACGGGCUCUUGAGCGAGCCGCCCGCGCCAGGCUCGGCUCUGGGAGGAGGAGACGGCGGCGGGGAAGACGCGAAACCUCCUCUGGCCUCGGCGGGAAGUUUCCUCCCGGCAUGGGUGAGCGCGGUAUCCAGGGAGCAGCUCCGCGACUUCCAGCACAACAAACGGGUCGGUAACUACCUCAUCGGUAGCAGGAAGCUGGGGGAAGGCUCCUUCGCCAAAGUGAGAGAGGGACUGCAUGUGCUGACUGGAGAAAAGGUGGCAGUGAAGAUUAUUGACAAGAAGAGGGCCAAAAAGGACACUUAUGUCACAAAAAACCUAAGGCGAGAGGGGCAGAUCCAGCAAAUGAUCCGGCAUCCCAACAUCACGCAACUACUUGAUAUCUUAGAGACAGAAAAUAGCUAUUACCUGGUCAUGGAGCUGUGUCCUGGUGGCAACCUGAUGCACAAAAUAUAUGAGAAGAAAAGACUGGAGGAGCACGAAACCCGUAGAUACAUCAGGCAACUUAUUUUAGCAGUAGAGCAUCUUCAUCGGGCAGGAGUGGUCCACAGAGACUUGAAGAUAGAAAAUUUGCUGCUAGAUGAAGACAACAAUAUCAAGCUGAUUGACUUUGGCUUGAGCAACUAUGCAGGCAUCUUGGGUUACUCAGAUCCUUUCAGUACCCAGUGUGGCAGCCCAGCUUAUGCAGCUCCAGAACUUCUUGCCAGGAAAAAAUAUGGUUCCAAAAUAGAUGUCUGGUCCAUAGGUGUGAAUAUGUUUGCUAUGUUAACUGGAACACUGCCUUUCACUGUGGAGCCCUUCAGUCUGAGAGCUUUAUACCAAAAGAUGGUGGAUAAAGAAAUGAAUCCCCUUCCUACUCAACUUUCUACUGCAGCCACAAAUUUCCUGCGGUCUCUACUUGAACCAGAUCCUGCAAAGAGACCAAACAUUCAGCAAGCUCUGGCAAAUCGUUGGCUUAAUGAGAAUUGUCCUGGGAAAGCUCCAUAUAACAUUACAUAUCCAAACAGAAUUCACCUAGAAGACUUGAGCCAAAGUGUGGUACUUCACAUGACUGAAAAACUUGGGUACAAAAAUAGUGACGUGAUCAACACCGUCUUGUCCAAUAGGGCCUGCCACAUACUUGCUAUCUACUUCCUGCUGAACAAGAAGCUUGAACGCUAUCUCUCAGGCCUCAGAAAGUCAAACACUCAAGACAACAUUUUCUACAAGAACCAACUUUAUCAAAUAGAAAAAUACAACAUGAAUAAAGAAUCUUAUGAGGAUAAAAAGCUUAAAGAGCAAGAGAAGAAAGGGGAUUUUCUUCAUCGACCAUUUCCAAAAACAUUAGAUAAGAACUUGAGUUCAUACAAACAGCCAUCUGCUUGUCUCAUCACACAGAUGCAAAACACCAAAGCCAGAAAGGACCAGAAAACUACCAAACCUAGUUUCCUGGAAAAAGAUUCAUUUCGUGGCCUUAGCCCCUUCCAUGAAACUGCUAUAGGAGCCAAGACUGGGUGCAUAGCUUCUUGUUCCUUGGAAUAUCUUGAAAUUCAGCAUCCCAGGACCCCAAGAAUUAUGAAGAAGCAAGAGCUUCAUCAGCAAGAAUCUACAAGCAUGGGGAUGCAGUCAAAAGAAGCUCAUUUAAUCCUAGAUGUUGUGCGAUCCUUUGAAUCUGUUGAUCGAGAGGACCAAAUAGAACUGCUCUCUCCAACUCAUCAUUAUAGGAUUUUGAGUUCACCAGUGAACGUUUUACGAAGAAACUCUAAUGAGAGAACAUUGUCCCCAGUCUUACCAUUGGGGAGUAUCUCCCCUAGCAAAGUUCCCACUCAUACUACUCCAGUCUCUUUUGCCUAUGAAGAAAAAAAUAGCCCUUCAAGGGAAGAGGGUAUGUGUUCUCCUCCAGCAGUUCCUCCUAAUGGCACCACACAUCCUCUGGGGAGUCCAAAUUGUGUGAAAAGUAGAGGCAGAUUUCCUAUGAUGGGAGUUGGACAAAUGUUGAGAAAGAGAAAUCAGACUAUUCAGUCUUCCACUGACAAGCCUUUGGAGGCCCGGCUGCCUCCACUACAUCAGAUUAAUCCAGGAAACAUUUCAUUUGAUACCAAUGACAAUGUGAAAGGCCAAUGUUAAUUUAGGUCAUCAGAAUUCUAGCAUCAUCUAGCAUUUGGAAGUUUCACCACAAAGGGAAAGUAUUGUUCUACAGCUCCAUAUAUCUGCCAGAGUGUUAUGUCUGAGGAAUCUUUUCUUUCACAGGCUUACUUUAUGAUAUGAGAUAGAUAAGUUCUUCAUAUAUUUUGUGUUUAAAAAAUGAAACACAACUUUAUAGCUGAAGUUCAUUAGUCUUUGAAGCCUGUACAGUGAAAACUAUUUCCCUGAACAUCAGAAAAGUAUACAUAUUUAUGUGUAAACACACAUAUAUGUGUAUAUAUGUAUAAUAUAUAUUUGGUGGGAGUGGGGGGAAUUUGAUAUAAAUAAUUACCAAUCUAGAUCAUUCAACCUUCUCUCUUCAUUACUGGGAUCCCCUUUGGGAAUAAGAAUUUCUGUGUGUUGACAGAUUUCUCCUUAAUUUUAUGUUAUGUAGACAAUGCCAACAUUUAUGUGUUUCUGAGUGGAAUCUUUUCAUUCUACUAUAUCAUAAUUAUGUGUAAAACAAAUAUCAAAAGAGCAUUCAGUUGGCAGAAAAGUUUGAUUCACAAAAGCUUUUGCAAUGGAGUAAAUCUAUUAAGAUAAUCAUGGCAUAUUCUAGUAAGAUAAGAACUAGUGUUCAUUGCUCCAGUUUAUUGACAAAGAAUAUCAAAAUUAAGAGAUAUGGGCAACUUUGAUGCACUAUUGAACCACAGACAAAAGAUAGAGCCACCUUCCCAAAGGAUAAAGGGUUUUUGGACUGAGAACAAACUGAAUUUCAAGAAUUAAGAUGAAAAAGAAGACAGGAACUCUGCUCUCUGGAGCAGGGUUUUGCCAAAGGUUUCUGCAAUUGUUGUUUGGUCAGAGGUGUUUGAGCUUCCUCUCAUUCCUACUUGAAACUAAUUAAUGGGCAAGUCAUUUCUCUUUCCUUUAAAUUUUUUAAAAAAAUUAUUAUCAGCAAACAUAGACAAAGAACAGAAGAGGAUUCUAUAUGUAACUGUAAACUUCUGUUUUUAUGGUUUUUGUUUUAAGUUGAACAUAAUAAGUUUAAAUGCCCCAUUUGUGUCCUUUUUUGAAAUUCUAUUUGCUUUUAUGUGUAUUUUUUACUU